CAGCGGGAGAGGCUUUCCUUCAAGCUGUUAGUGUUUUAUCCUGGCAGGCUCCUCGAGGUUGUUGUGAGGAGUCUAGCCAGUUGGUGAGCUUUGUAAUCUAAACCAGCUGUCCCAGGCUGAGGCCCCCAUUUGCAUUGUUUAACAUACUUAGAAAAUGAAGUGUUCAUUUUUAACAUUCCUCCUCCAAUUGGUUUAAUGCUGAAUUACAGAAGAGAACUAAGCAAAACCAGGUGCUUUCUCUGUAUUCUCUCCAGUGUCUGAGGAGGUACAGACGGCUCCCGAUCUUCUCCAUUACUUGCUAUUUCAUUCUUUGGACUAUAAAUGACUGAGGAACUGAAGUGUUAGCAGAGGGUAAUGUUUGGAAAAACUUUCUAGUUAUUCAUCAGCACAGGCUCUGGUUUUUUUCCACCUUUCCCCAACGGUUUUGGACAUGCAAGGAUUAAAAAGGAUACUGACUGCUUUCACACUGACCAUCUGCCUUUCAAGCCCUGGAAAAGCACAGCAACAAUGCACUAAUGGGUUUGACCUGGAUCGUGCCUCUGGGCAAUGCUUAGAUAUUGAUGAAUGUCGGACUAUUCCUGAGGCCUGCAGAGGAGAUAUGGUGUGUGUCAAUCAGAAUGGUGGCUAUUUAUGCGUACCCCGAACAAACCCAGUGUAUCGAUCACCAUAUCUGAAUCCUUAUUCAAAUAUUUAUCCACCGCCCCCAGCACCAGGCCCCGUUCCUAACUACCCUACUGUUACAAGACCUCUGAUCUGUCGAUUUGGUUACCAGUUGGAUGAAAACAAUCAGUGUGCUGAUGUGGAUGAAUGCGCUUCAGAUUCCCACCAGUGUAACCCCACCCAGAUCUGCAUAAAUACUGAGGGGGGCUAUACCUGUUCCUGCACUGAAGGCUACUGGCUGUUAGAAGGCCAGUGUUUAGAUAUAGAUGAAUGUCGCUACGGCUACUGCCAGCAACUGUGUGCCAAUGUGCCCGGUUCCUACUCCUGUACGUGCAACCCAGGCUUUACCCUUAAUGAUGACGGAAGAUCAUGCCAAGAUGUGAAUGAAUGUACAAACGAAAACCCUUGCACUCAGACCUGCGUCAAUACCUACGGCUCUUUUCUCUGCCGCUGUGAACCUGGCUAUGAACUGGAAGCUGAUGGAGUAAACUGCAGUGACAUGGAUGAAUGCAGCUUCUCAGAGUUCCUCUGCCAGCACGAAUGUGUGAAUGGGCCUGGUUCUUACUACUGUAUCUGUCCUUCGGGCUAUAACUUGCUUGACGAUAGCAGAAGCUGCCAAGAUAUCAAUGAAUGUGAAACCAGAAACUUCACCUGCACUCUGCAGCAAACGUGUUUCAAUAUCCCAGGAGAAUAUAAAUGUUUAGACCCAGUAAGAUGCGAGGAUCCUUAUAUCCAGAUUAAUGAAAACCGCUGCAUGUGUCCAGCUGAAAACACCGGUUGCAGAGAUCAGCCUUUCACCAUCUUGUACAGAGUGAUGGAUAUGGUGUCCGGGCGUUCUGUGCCUUCUGACAUUUUUCAGAUGCAAGCAACAACUCGCUACCCUGGAGCCUAUUACAUCUUCCAAAUCAAAUCAGGGAACGAGGGCAGGGAAUUCUACAUGCGGCAAACGGGACCGAUCAGUGCUACUCUGGUGAUGACCCGCCCCGUGAAGGGGCCCCGUACUAUUCAGUUGGACUUGGAAAUGAUCACUGUUAACACCGUUAUCAACUUCAGAGGAAGCUCUGUCAUCCGGCUGAGGAUAUACGUAUCACAGUACUCCUUCUAAACCUUGAGUUUGUGCCCUGGAAACAUUAAAACAAAAGAGACGGUUCCUCCUCUGCAGAACUCUCUCCUCAGAAGCCAGUACGUAUAGCAGCUCCAAACCAAAUCAGUAUUUCCACAGACCCAGUGACCUAUGCCUGUCUGAGGAGGGAGGCCUCUUCAUGCACAGUCCCUAUCAGGAUGCAGACAUCUGAAGAUGUAUUGUCAGCAGAUCCCAUAUGAUUCUCUAUGUGGUCAUAUAUUUUAAGGACUCUCCUUUCCAUUGUAAACACUUCUAGGGUAUGAGUCUAUGUUUGAAAGACUGUGAACCUUUGUAGCUCCAAGGCUGCUUAGCAAAAAGCACCAAAGAAACUGAGGAAAAAGCUGGCUUUUGCAAUCUUGCCUUUUUUUUUUUUUUUCAUUAUAAAUGGAAAGCAGACAAACAAGCAGAAACAGAAACAAAAAGCCACCUUUUGAAACAAGGGAUCUCAGAAGUGCUAACUUACAUUCCCAAUUAUCUCUGGAAUUAUCAGUCAGGCACUUUGUCUCAAUUCACCCUGCAUUUGUCUUAGUUUCACCCGUUUUUUUCUUUGAUUCUAUUUUAUAGUUAAAAUUCAUUGUAAAUUCAUUCCAAAAUACAUGUUGUACUAUGUAAUCUUUUACUUUCUAACAAAGUGUCACAUGUUUGGGUUCCUUCCUGUAUUAAAUCUUUCUAUAUAACAGAGUUCAUAGAAAUC